AUGGCCUCCUUUGAGCAGCGGCGGCGAGACCGGCUCGAGAAGCUGAAGGUCGCCAAGGAGGAGGUGCUCAAGUCCAUGUGGGAGCCGCAAAAGCGCGCUCCUCCGGGCAGCCUGCGAAUAGCUGUGUACAACGUCCUCGCAGAUGCGAUGUCCGAUGACGGCUUCCUUGUGAGGCCCAUCCUGGCAGACUGGCCGGCUGGCAGGGACUUAGUCCCGACCAAAGACGGAGACCCGGUGCCCUUCCACCAGCUACUUGCAGACAUGCUUGCUGCCAAGGGCAACGUGGAUGCACUGCAGCAGUGCCAGACGAAGUACAACCUUCCAAAGUCGAAGGACAAUACACACGCGACCGUGGACUGGAAGGCACGGCUGUCUCAGAUGAUGUGCUUUCUGGAGUGCUUCUGCCCUGACAUCCUGGUCUUCACCGAAGUGGACCACUACGAUGACUUCUUGGACUCCCUGAGGGAGCUCGGUUACGUCUCGCAGCUGCCAGGCAGCACUUCAAAGUAUCGGCCGGCCCACCUUGAUAGCUUCAGCGACACCACGCCGGAGAAAGCACGCCACUUCCAGCAGGAGUGGGAUGCUCGAGGCUUCGCCUUCUUACCCCACCUUGCAUCCAUUUCGAUGCACGUCUACAUGCAGAACACCGGGCUGGGAAAGAGGAUUCUGGAAGCUGCCGCAAAGACCAAAGAUCCUUCCUUAGCACAGAAGAUCAAGGAUCCCAAGAAGGAUCUGCUGUCUAGAAAGUGGUACCAGCAGUUGCCACCUGGCGCGUCGCGGGUGUUGCUGGAACAGGCAGGCUACAAGGAGCCCGAGCGCUUGGACGACAUGGGCGUGGCCAUCUUCUGGAAAGACCGGCGUUUGGUCGCCACGGAGCUGCGGACGCACACCUACCCAGGCGGAGGCAAGGGCUUCAUCCAGGUGAAGCUGCAAGAUCGUCGAAGUCCGGGAUCGUCCCUGGUGGUCAUGGGCACUCAUCUCAGCUCCGGCGACUCCCCGAAGGAUGAAGAAGAGCGCCUGACUUGCGAACUUGCCUGCGAAGGUGGCUUGAUUCAGGCCAUUGAAGCAGUCCGCGCUUCCGGCGAGAACCUGGUUGUUUGCAUGGAUGCGAAUUCCGAUCCCGCUUCUAGGCCGGCGACAAGUAAAGCUUCGUGCUGGCAAGAGCUCCACCGCGCCACGGGGGCAUCUGUGUGGGAUGGCUUCUACGACGCAAACGGAGUUUACAUUGACCCAGGGAAAGGGCCCAAAGGGCCCAAAGAGUCCCUGGAGAAGCCGGUGACCACCAACAAAGUGCGAGGACCGCAGUCUGCUCAAGCAAAGAAGAUUGGGAAUCACGCCUAUUCCGCAAUUGACCACAUCUUCUACACGCCGGGCAAUCUCAGCUUUCACGAGCAUGUGUACCAGCCCAGGCAGUUUCCGAAUGAAGAGAGGGCGCUGGAGGAAGUCCUGCCCUCGCUCAAGGAUCCCUCCGAUCACUACCCGGUCAUCGCGGACCUCAUGUGGCAAACUGGAGGUGCAGGUGCUGCAGGAGCGCCCUACCCGCAGAAAGUGGAUCCCAAGCCGAAGGGUCCCAAGUCCUGA